AUGGCCUCCAGCAUGUCCAUGAGAAACUUCUCCGUGACACGCCAGCCCUCCUUCUCCUGUCGCUCUUUGAUGGAGACCAGCCGGGCUCGCUCUCGGGCCUCUGUCUCCUUCACCCCCAACAAGCUGACCCGCUCAGCCUCCAUCGGCCAAGAUUUAAAUGGUCCAAUCAGCCACCAGCUAAAUGGACUCCAUGGCAACAGUGCCAACGAUAAGGAGGCCAUGCAGAGUCUGAACAGCCGCCUGGCAAGCUACUUAGACAAGGUGCGAACACUGGAGCACUCCAAUGCAGACCUAGAGAACAAGAUCAAACAGCUGAUGCUUGACCGCAUUCCCAAAGGCCACGACCUCGACGCCAUGAUGUCCCAAGCUCAUGCCGUAGAACAGGAGGUGAGGAGGAAGACCUUGGAAAAUGCUCGCCUCAUGUUAGAGAUUGAUAAUGCUAAACUGGCUGCUGAUGACUUCAGAAUCAAGUGGGAGACGGAGCUGGUGAUGUGCCAGUCUGUUGAGCGCGACUGUGUGGCUCUGAAAAAGGCUAAAACGGACCAUGAACAGAUCAUCUCCAGCCUUAGAGGAGACCUGGACAGCCUGAAGGAGGAGCUCUACUUCCUCAAGAAAAACCACGAGGAGGAGAUGGAGCAGAUGAGGUCUCGCAUAGCAAGAGAUGAGGUGAACGUGGAGGUGGACACGGCUCGCGGGCCGGAGCUUGGCACCAUCUUGUCUGACCUGCGCACUCAGUAUGAGGGCAUCGUGAAGAAGAACAAGGAGCAGGCCGAGCAGUGGUACCGCAAAAAGCUGGAUACGGUGCAGAGUGAGGUGAGGGAAAAUAAUGAGGCUCUAAGAGGAGCCCAGGGUGAGCUGACUGAACGGCAGCGCUUCCUGCAGACACUGGAGGUGGAGAUGGAAAGUCUUCACAAACAGAUCAGUGCUCUUGAGGGGAACCUGGGCGAGGCGGGUCAGAAGUACUCCUCAGAGAUGGAGCGGCUGCAGUCAUCUCUAUCCCAGAUGGAGGACGACUUGUCUCAGCUGCGACUCGAGAUGCAGCGGACGAAGACAGACUAUGAGCAGCUGCUGCGCAUCAAGCAGAACCUGGAGAUGGAGAUUGCCACCUACAGGCGCCUUCUGGAAGGAGAGGAUGCGGUAAAGGAAGUGCCACCUCCCAAAAAGGAACCUGACGUCCGCACCCGGAAGAUUGUGAAGGUUGUCACACAAACAAUGGUCAAUGGAAAAGUGGUGGAUGAGUCCAGCGAAGUGGAACAAAUCGAGGAAACAAAGAAAUAG